CUCAAUACGACAUUACUCUCUCACAAGUUAACGACUGUCAAAAACUCAAGAAACGCCAUCUCAAAACCACGUUUUAAAGCCCGACUCUAGACUCACGCUCGCAGUUCUUCGGGUUCAACUAAACACGUUACAACUUGACUUUAACCCAUAGUUUUCGAUAGACAACACAUUAGUGAUAACGCCAACAUUGUCGGUACACUUCGCACCUGAAUGCCGAUAAAAAAAAAGCACAUUGCGAAAUCCACCCGAUUCAAUACGAUUAUAGUUGAUUAACACCCAACAGCAGCCAAUAUUAAUUAUUAUAAAGUACCUACCUAAUAAUAUGUUGCGCACCACAAUGAAAAUCGUCUUGCUGCUCGUAUCCAGCUUUUGGUUAACGUGUGACGCUAAUGAUAAAUUGCAUAACAUCGUCACACACGUCAACAACGCCAACGUGACAUGGCAGGCCGGAAUAAACAGUUUUCAUACAAACGACCACAAGAAGUUGGUGGGAACUUUUUACCAUCCCGAGUGGAUCGGUCUGGAGCACGAGACCUUCGAUGGGGUUCUAGUUAAGGGUGGCGAUUGUGACAACGACGACGAAGACGAUGGUGGAGACGCAAACGAAACGCCUGAGAGUUUCGAUGCACGAUACCAUUGGUUCAAUUGUACUUCCAUCUCGCACAUCUGGAAUCAAGGCAACUGUGCGGCCGAUUGGGCAAUUUCUGUGACAUCGGCGAUGAACGAUCGCAUAUGUAUCGCAUCACAGGGUAACAUUACUGCACUCUAUUCGCCGCAAAAACUAGUUUCCUGUUGCGAAGACUGUGGUAAUGGAUGCAGCGGAGGAUAUACUGCAGCCGCGUGGAGAUACAUACUAAAAAAAGGAAUCGUUACUGGUGGUGACUACGGGAGCAACGAGGGCUGUCAACCGUGGCUUGUGCAGCCGUGCAACGCAUCCACGACGGCCGCCGAUCCAAGUUCGGUGCUCGGUCCACACGGCGUGUGCGGUGGCGACCCGGCAACCACUCCGAAAUGUGAUCUGAGCUGUUACAACGCACGACACGAGGGGAAAUACUUAGACGACAUAAUCAAAGCCAAGAAAGUUUUUACGUUCGACGGGUGUUCAGCGAGGAAAAACCUGAGGAAACAUGGCCCGUACGUAGUCACGAUGCGAGUUUACGAAGAUUUUCUCGCUUACAAAUCUGGUGUUUACCACCAUGUCACCGGUGAUUAUUUGGGACUGUUGUCGGUUCGGAUGAUCGGAUGGGGUUUGGAAGGAGGACAAGCGUUCUGGUUGCUAGCUAAUUCAUGGGGAACUUCUUGGGGUGACAAAGGUUUUUUCAAAAUCAGACGCUUCGUAAACGAAUGUUGGAUUGAGAAUUUCAGAUACGCUGGCGUACCAAAUUUGUGAUGACCAAGUGAAUUCAAUUAAAUAUGUAUUAGAUAUAGCUAGCUAUAAGCUAAUAAUACUAAAACACUAAAUAUGACAGCUAUAUUAUAUGUACUGAUUAACCGACAUGAUAUAUUUAAUAUUUUUAUAGGUGAAUACACAAUACGUAAAAAUAAAAUAGGUAGGUACAGGAUA